AUGAAGUUCUUCGAGAAUGUGUUUACCUACGAUUACUCCUUUCCUGCUGUCUCCCUUGCCUACUUUCUCCGCUACCCGAACCCCUACUCUCGCCAUGUCCUGACCACCGACGUGAUCGAUCGCUACGUCGAUCCGACCACCCAACGCCUCCACACCAUCCGGCUGCAUCUCAAGAAAUCCAAAGUCCCAUCCGGUAUACUUAAACUGCUUCCUAAAGGAAUGGGUGGUUCCGAUAGCUCCGGGCAGAGCUACAUCCUUGAAACCACAGUUGUCGACCCGAAUGAGGGCUGGAUGGAGACCGAGUCACGCAACAUGGAAUGGACCGGAAUCCUCAGCGUGGUGGAGAAGCAGCGAUACCAGCGUCACGCUGUCGAGGAAAAUCGCGAUUCUUUUGAUGGGCUGUCAAUUGAUAAGAGAAGCGAACAAACCACCGUUCGGACCACCGUCACGUUCCGAUCUCGCCUGGGUCAAGGCAAGCUGCUCGGUCGAAAGAAGGGAUUCUUCUCCUCGUUAUCGACUGCCGGCAUUCAGCGGACGAUCGAAUUGAUCGGCGUUAGCCGGACCCGUGAUGCGGUAAUGAAGAGCAAGCAAGGCAUGAAUGUCGUUUUGGAACGUCUCCGCAGUGGUGGAAUUGUUGCUGUCCUGGAAGGCAUGCGUCAAGACCGUGAAGCAGCCUUUGGGCCCGAUGGUCCAUUUAAGCGCGUCUGGUUGCAGGGUAAUGCUCUCAAGGAACGUGUUUACAUCGAAGAUGAUGAAAACUGA